AUGGCAUCGAGAAAGAAACAGCCGCGGAAAAGGGAUGACAUCCAUUUUGUCAACGCCAGACCGGCUUCUGAGACCGAGAAAUUGAAAGCCCAGCGUCUGGUACGCGCCCACGUCGGCCGCUGGAUCUCCGACCAAACAAAAGACCGCUCUGAAGCUGCUGUGCGCCGUCACGUCCGCGACCCCAUUUCCCACGUAUCUGCCAAUGAUCCUGGUGUCGGUCCGUCCUCGUACGCCCUCGUAUCGCGCUCCAGCAAUCGCAACGUCCCUUUUUCGUUCGCGCAGCCUCCCCGCCAGUACUCGCCGUUUCCUCCGUCGCAUCAUAGUGAUAGCAGUGAUAGCUCCAGUGGUGAGGAUACUGUGAGUUUGAUCUCGACCGAGCAGCAUGGCGUCGUGCGAUGGCGCAAGCGCUCUUCUGUUGUCCGUGAGAUCUCAGGCGUCUUCGACCCUUUCGGCACAUAUCCUGCGCCCGCGCACUUUGACCCGGAGGUAGUUGAUCUGUCGGAGCGGUAUAUUACGACUGUCAUCUGGCCGGGUCUUGCGCCGAGGCCGAACCACAUUAAGACUGCGGGUGAAUCAUGGUUUCCCUUAUCGAUGGCGGACCCCGCGUUGUUCAGCGCGUUCAUGUUCGGGUCCCUAUGUCAUCUGCGCGUGCAAUGGCAGAAUAAUUGGGUGCCGGGGACAGUAUUCGGUCCAAGGCAGCGGCAAUUACUACAGUUGUGUGAAAUGGAAUCCAUCAAGUUGAUCAACAAGGCUAUGCGGGACCCCACACGUGCAGUCAGUGAUGCUGUUAUACUGAGUGUUAUCUGUAUGGCACAUCAUCAAGCCGAAGAGAAGUUGGUUCAACGGCAUCAGAAAACGGCUUUCAACCCGCCGUUCCCACGAUUACAAUGGCUUGAUGUGUAUGGGUGUUUACCACCGAACAUGAUCCAUAUCCAAGGCUUAAUACAGCUCGUCACAAUGCGAGGCGGACUGCGGAAUAUCACCACAGCCGGUCUGGCUGCGACAAUUUGCUUUUCCGCCAUCCUUACCUGCAGUUCCCUCUGUGUAAACCCAGGCUUCGAAUUCUGGCCUCUAGAUGACACCCGCGAGGGUAUGAACAUCCAUGAAUUACUCGGUUUCACCCCAUCAGAUACAGACCACGGCUUCGCCCGCCUCCAAGCAAUAGGCGCAACCCACGAAAUGGCAGAAGCUUUCCAGGCAGUCCAGACAUACAUCGGGAUUAUCAAAGCCAGCCCGACAUCUACACCGGACGUCUCUCUUCUCGCCGAUCGCCGUAAUAUAACACAACAUACUCUCAUCUCUCUCAAGCCUGCUUCGGAGUUGCAGCAUCUCUUCUCGCAUCCUACUCAUGCAUCUACAUAUGAAGCGUGCCGUCUUGCCGCGCUGGUCUUUGGCGUAGGCGUUAUCUUCCCCAUCCCCGCUCAGAAUACUCCUCUCCAUACUCUCGCACGGAACAUUCAGUCUGUGCUCCUCCAGCCUUCUUCUUCUGCGUUGUGGUCUUCUCCUUCCACCCGCUUUGCCCUCAUUUGGAUUUUGACAUUGGCUGGUAUUGCUGCUCACGAAGCACCAGAGCGGACUUGGUUUGUUUCUGCUUUGGCUGAUAUCACUCGUCGCACUGGCUUGUCUUCCUGGGGGGUCUCAAGUCAGUGCUGGGCUCGAUGCUUUGGUAUGAUGCGGCUUGUGACCAGGCUGCUGAGGCUCUCUGGCUUGAGGCGCAACGUACCCAUCAACAUCAACGUGCAUAUGUGCUUGAGUGAACAUCUGUAUACCCGAGCCUGGGGUUACAUGGUUACCGACUCCUCUUCUCGGGUUGUUUGA